AAAAAAAAGACAAUUAAUUUCAGGCAUAGUUCAUAAAUGAACAUGAAGAAAAAAGAAAGACAAUUAUUUUCAGGAAUAAGAAGAAAGAAUAUUAAUUAAAAAGAAUGUUGGUAGGAAAUUAAUUACAAGUUUAAAACACCAGCAACAUGCUCAAUAGUUAGGCUUUCCCCAGUGUUAUAUAUAAGCCAAAACUGUCGCCACGCCGCCGCCGUCCCGUCGAUCCUUUGUUUCCGCUCCUCCGCGAAGUUCCCUCCGUCGACGUUCUCCGAGCAAGAUAUUAGGGUUAGUUCCCUUCCCCCAAACCGGUUCGAAGCUCCAAUGGAAGAGAUUACUGAGGGCGUGAACAACAUCAACCUGGCGGGAGCCGAUGCGACGAAGAAGAACCGGAUUCAGGUCUCCAACACCAAGAAGCCCCUCUUCUUCUACGUCAAUCUCGCUAAGAGAUACAUGCAGCAAUUCAACGAAGUGGAGCUAUCCGCACUUGGAAUGGCUAUCGCCACAGUUGUAACCGUUGCUGAAAUUCUCAAGAACAAUGGAUUGGCUGUGGAGAAGAAGAUCAUGACCUCGACGGUUGACAUGAGGGAUGAUUCGAGGGGGCGGCCUGUCCAAAAAGCCAAGAUUGAAAUACUGCUUGGGAAGACUGCAAACUUUGAUGAACUCAUGGCAGCUGCUGCUGAAGAGAGGGAGGCGGCAGCAGCGGCAGGAGAAGACGGUGAAGAGCAGAGCUGAAAAGCUUCUUCUUCUUGUUCUCAGUAUGCAGGUGUGGUCUGCAUAAGGGCAUAAUGACCAAAAUAGUUUUCUAGUUGCUUCCUCUUUCUCCUUUGGUAAAAGGCAGGGAUUGUGAAGCUGCGAAAUCUUUCUGUUGGUCUGUAAGAAAACUGAAAAUCCCAUCUGUCAUCUGAGAUUCAAUUUUGUCAGACUUUGAUAAUCUUCUUUGCUUUUAGUCUAGCUGUUUGUUUAUUUUCUAGGGUUUCCCAAUCAUAUGUAACCUGUUCUCGUCGUAACAAAAUAUUCCCAUGUUUUUGUCAAGUUGAAUAGCAACGGUUUAUGAUCCGUAAGAGUAACUGUUACGAGCUUGUAAACGGUUUAAGCAGACUGUUACGAGCUUGUAAACGGUUUAAACUCUGCUUAACCGAA